GGGCCGCUCUGCCCAGAAGGAGCCCGCGCCCCGCUCAGCCUUGCAGCCCCACGCCCUGAGCAUCUCCCCGGAGGAAUAGAGACAAAGGAGGAUUCAUGUCCAAAGGGCUCCCAGAGGCCAGGACGGACGCAGCCAUGUCAGAGCUGGUGCCUGAGCCCAGGCCUAAGCCGGCAGUGCCCAUGAAACCCGUCAGCAUCAACUCAAACCUCCUGGGCUACAUUGGCAUUGACACCAUCAUUGAGCAGAUGCGCAAGAAGACCAUGAAGACUGGUUUCGACUUCAACAUCAUGGUGGUCGGUCAGAGCGGACUGGGCAAGUCAACGCUGGUCAACACGCUCUUCAAAUCCCAGGUGAGCCGCAAGGCCUCCAGCUGGAACCGGGAAGAAAAGAUUCCCAAGACGGUGGAGAUCAAAGCUAUUGGGCACGUGAUAGAGGAAGGCGGGGUCAAAAUGAAGCUGACCGUCAUCGACACCCCGGGCUUUGGAGACCAGAUCAACAAUGAAAACUGCUGGGAGCCCAUUGAGAAGUACAUCAACGAACAGUAUGAGAAGUUCCUGAAGGAGGAGGUCAACAUCGCCAGGAAGAAACGCAUCCCCGACACUCGUGUCCACUGUUGUCUCUACUUCAUCUCCCCCACGGGACACUCCUUGCGACCUCUCGAUCUGGAGUUCAUGAAGCACCUCAGCAAAGUUGUGAACAUCAUCCCCGUCAUUGCUAAGGCUGACACCAUGACCCUGGAGGAGAAGUCUGAAUUCAAGCAAAGGGUUCGAAAGGAGCUCGAAGUGAAUGGCAUUGAGUUCUACCCCCAGAAGGAAUUUGAUGAGGAUUUGGAGGACAAGACGGAGAAUGACAAAAUCCGGCAGGAGAGCAUGCCUUUCGCUGUGGUGGGAAGCGACAAGGAGUACCAAGUGAAUGGCAAGCGAGUCCUCGGCAGAAAAACUCCCUGGGGGAUCAUUGAAGUGGAAAACCUCAACCACUGUGAGUUUGCCUUGCUUCGAGACUUUGUCAUCAGGACCCACCUCCAGGACCUCAAGGAAGUGACACACAACAUCCACUACGAGACCUACAGGGCCAAGCGGCUCAAUGACAAUGGAGGCCUCCCUCCGGGAGAAGGCCUCCUGGGCACUGUCCUUCCACCUGUGCCAGCCACCCCCUGCCCCACUGCUGAAUGA